UCUUAUUAUUUCUGUGUCUGUGUUAUUAUUUCAGACAUCAGAUAUUUCUCAUCUAUAUUAAAUGUUUUCUACACAUUUGAUCAUUUUAGAAAAUGUUUGAAGGAUUUUUACACGCACCCCUGCUCUCAUCAGACAGAACCUCGAUUGGGAAACACUGGGUUAGUUACUCGUCUGACCAAUGUGUUUAACUUACUCUCCAUCAUCACUUUUAUUCUGAGUAACAUUCAUUAUUCACACAAAAACUACUUACACACCAAUCCUCACUAAUAUCAGGAUACUCGCUCUCAUUAAGGGAAAACCAGAAAAAUACAUUUCUGCAGAUAUUUAAGUAAACUUACUCAGCGUAUGAGUUCUGCUUCUUUAUCUAAUGAUCUGCUGAGUGUUUCUAGCUCCUGUUAUUUUAUUUUAGUUUAUAUAUUUGUAUAGAGCUCUGACAGUUGUUCGUGCACAGCUGAAUGAAGUCACGAGAUAAUAAAUGAAGAAUAAAGGGUUAGGAAGUGAAAGUGAAAGUCAGUCUCCAUUUUGUGUGGAGGGGAAAAUACAGCAUUUCAGGAGUAAAAACACAGGUUUGAUUUAACACACCGAUGUUGGAGUGAAGUAAACGUGUGUCCUGCUGUAAUCUGGAGAAGGAGACAUGACCUCCAACAUGAGUGUGUCUGGAGAAAAGGACUUAAAGAGAGACGAGAGAAUGAUGGAGGGAAAGAGAUCAGACUCACCAGAACCCAGCUGUGUGUCCAUGAAGAGUGACGCGUCAAUGGAUCAUCCACUUCACUUCAGAGACGGAGCCAGUUCUCCUGAUGUGAGGAGCUGGAACACAAAGUCAUCACUCUGAUAAAGAAUGAGCUGAAGAGGUUCAGGAAGCUCCUGAGUCCAGAUUACCCAGCAUGCACUGAGAGGGGGGUGGAGGAUGAGGAGGAUCUGCACAGUGUCAGAGACGGAGCGCUGAAGAUCACACUGCACCUCCUGAAGAACAUGAACCACACAGAUCUCGCUAACACACUGCACAACAAGUCUGUGGGCUCUGUGUAUCAGACAGAGCUGAAAUCCAGCCUGAGAGAGAAGUUUAAAAGAAUUAAUGAAGGAAUCUCACAGCAUGGAAGCUCAGCACUUCUGAAUGAGAUCUACACAGAUCUCUACAUCACAGAGGGUUGGAGUGGAGACGUCAAUCAUGAACAUGAGGUGAGACAGAUUGAGGCAGCGUCCAGGAGACCAGCAACACAGGAGACACCCAUCAAAUGUAAUGAUCUCUUUAAAGACAAGUCCAUCAGAAGUGUGCUGACUAAAGGAGUUGCUGGAAUUGGAAAAACAGUCUCUGUGCAGAAGUUCAUUCUGGACUGGACUGAAGGAAAAGCAAAUCAGGACGUCACCUUCAUGUUUCCACUUCCCUUUAGAGAGCUGAAUCUGAUGAAGCAGAAACAUCUCAGUCUGAUGGAUCUUCUUCAUCACUUUUUCCCAGAAAUAAGAAAACUAGAAGUAAUAGACUGUGACUCCUACAAAGUGGUGUUGAUCUUUGAUGGUCUGGAUGAGUGUCGACUUCCUCUAAAUUUCCAGAAGAAUGAGAGAUUGUGUGAUGUGACAGAGUCAGCCUCAGUGGAUGUGCUGCUGACGAACCUCAUCAAGGAGAAUCUGCUUCCCUCUGCUCUCCUCUGGAUAACCUCUCGACCAGGAGCAGCCAAUCAGAUCCCUCCUGAGUGUGUAGACCAGGUAACAGAGGUACGAGGGUUCAGUGAUCCUCAGAAAGAGGAGUACUUCAGGAAGAGGAUCAGUGAUCAGAGCCUGGCCAAUAAAAUCAUCUCACACAUGAAGUCUUCAAGAAGCCUCUACAUCAUGUGCCACAUCCCAGUCUUCUGCUGGAUCUCAGCCACUGUUCUAGAGAGAAUGUUGGGUGAAGCAGAGAGUGGAGAGAUCCCCAAGACUCUGACUCAAAUGUUCACACACUUCCUGAUCUUUCAGAUCAAACACAAGGACCAAAAGUACCAUCAGAAAUGUGACCCUGAUCCUCAGCAGACCAGAGCGAGUAUCCUGGCACUGGGGAAACUGGCUUUCCAGCAGCUGGAGAAAGGAAACCUGAUCUUCUAUGAGGAAGACCUGAGAGAGUGUGGCAUUGAUGUGAGAGAAGUGUCAGUGUACUCAGGAGUGUGUACCCAAAUCUUCAGAGAGGAGUUUGGGCUUCACCUGGGGAAGGUGUUCAGCUUUGUACAUCUGAGUGUUCAGGAGUUUCUGGCUGCUUUAUAUGCAUUUUUCUGCUUUAUUUUUAGAAAGACAAAUGUGUUAGUGGAGCAAAGCACUGGACGUUCUAAUUUCUUCAGAAAGUCAGACAUGUCUGAUCUCCUCAGGACUGCAGUGAACAAGGCCUUACAGAGUGAGAACGGACACCUGGACCUGUUCCUCCGCUUCCUUCUGGGUCUCUCACUGGAGUCCAAUCAGACUCUCUUACGAGGUUUAAUGCCCCAGACAGGAAGCAGCUCUCACAGCAAACAGGAAACAGUCGAGUACAUCAAGGAGAAGAUCAGGGAGAAUCCAUCUCCAGAGAAAUCCAUCAAUCUGUUCCACUGUCUGAAUGAACUGAAUGAUCAUUCUCUAGUGCAGGAAGUACAGACUUACCUGAACAGAGGAGGUUACAGUCGUCUCAGUGGAACCAGACUCUCUCCUGCUCAGUGGUCAGCUCUGGUGUUUGUGUUAUUGAACUCAGAUCAGGAGCUGGAUGAGUUUGAUUUGAGUAAAUAUGACCCAUCAGAUGAAUGUCUUCUGAAGCUGCUGCCAGUGGUCAAAGCCUCCAGAAGAGCUGAUUUACAGGAUGAAAGAGGAUUGUCCUCGAGGACGGAUUUCCAGUUAGCAAAAACAUCAUAAUAAUCCCUGCUCUCUGAUCUACUGAAGGAUCCACACUGUAACCUGGAGACACUACACAUUAACUAUAAUACACUCACCAGCACUGGCGUAUGACAGGAGUCUCACCUCAAACCUCUUCUCCAGGAUAAAGCAGUCUUGGUGAAGAGUUAGAACCCGUCCCACAUUUCCAGCAGUUUGGGAGCUGAAUCAUUAAACUUAAAGGGGCAGAGCAGAAACAAAGUCAAGAACAGGCAGAAGGUCGUACACAGGAGAAAUCAACACACGUAACCAAAUAUCUGCUGUACAAAGCAACGGCACCGAUCUGCCCCGGGGAUGGAGACUGACGAGGCUUAACCCUCUUACCCCUUAGUUCCCACAGUAUCAUAUCCCAUAACCCUAUAUUCCCCAGAGAAACAGCCAAAAUCAACAUUUUAAUUUGAACAUUUUUAGGCCUUGAAACAACUUAUAAUAACGUAUUUGUGUAAUAUUACUUUGAAAAUGAAGCAGUUCAGUGUUUUUACUAAACUUAGAGUACAAUUCUUAACUAGAGAAAUGACGAAAAAUGCUCGCUAAAAUCCUUCUACUCAUUUAGAAGUACCAUACGAGCAUCAGCGUGGUCAAUAUAUUUAUAAAUAAUAAAACUGUGUAUGCCCCCCCCAACUGUUUUAGAUGUACCUGUGUUCACUGUAGGUGUAACUUUAGCUGGAACACGAUUAGCUUUUCGCUUUGGCACUGUUAGUUCACUUCUACUAGCACACCAAUAUUCACGCUUGGGUCUUCAUCGUAAUGCCGGCGUAAUAACGUAAUCACGUUGUGACGUCGUCAACCUUCCGGGUCAAAAAAUAAUAAUUAAAUAAGAAGGAAUCAUAGCAGAGUAAUGCCGGUACACCGGCCUUAUGGGGAUAACGUUUACACUGUAAAUCCUCUAUAUCGGCCUUACGGGGAUUUGGCAUAGACGACCAAGCCGGUACAUCGUCCUUAUGGGAAUAGAUCACAGACGGGCAAGCCGGUUUUUCAGCCAUACGGGGUAAGAGGGUUAAGUACACGUCCGGAAAUGUACAGCCAACUUAUCCCAAAGCACGAGGCGGGAGCAGGCGAGUACGAGAUGUGAUCGUCCAAUGGCAAGCCGGAACAUGACGCAUUGCAGUGGACUGGGCUUAACAGAGGAGGAGACAAGACACCCAUCCCUCCCCCGACAUAGACACACAAAUGGAACAUAGUACAAACAGAAAUACAACUGAGGACGUAACAAUGGCCAAGUAUCAAAUAAAAUGUAAACUUGCA